CCAUAGAGAAGGACAAGAAGCCAUCACAUCACAAAAUCAGAAGCACAGCCUUUGCAUCGCUUAGCAAACAUAAAAAAAAACACAGAAUGGUUCUCUCCCUUCCUCUUGAAAGCAUUGAAGCGAUCCAGAGUUGCAGUGGCAGCUUGGAACUGGUGCACUUUCUUGCCCCACCCAACGACAAGGCACUCCAAUCUUUUCUAAACGCCUCCCAAUCCUGGCUGUCCCGAUAUGGCGGCACUCGACGAAUGACUCUGGCAACUGACAUGGCGCUCAGCGGGUUUCCAGAACAAAACAAUAAAGGUCCUUUCUCUGUUUUUACCGUGGAUGCAUUCCCCGACAGCAAACAGGCUCUGGACUAUCUCCAAGAAGUCUCCCUGCACAAUGAAAAUGCUCCUCCGGAUUUCUUUAGCUACAUGCUGGUAUUAAAGCCAGAACCCUCCAUGAAGAUAUUGGCCGUUCUGCGAAAGCUUUACGUGGUCCAACCACUGUUGGGGCUCCUCUUUCCCGUCGACCGAAGUCUCGAUUUCAAGCCUGAUGUGCAUCUCAAUCAACCGGAACGAAAUGCAACACAAGAAAAACUGGACGAGUUUCGCACGCGAGAUCUCAAGGCACCCUUUUACAAUAUCAACCUCAACCGAUUCUACGAUCCGCCACAAGAUGGCGUUUCCAAAGAAGAAUACUACAAGGAGUUUUCGCAAGAGACGGCCAAGAUUACCGGACCGCGCUUGCUGGGUUUGGGGGCAUACCCCGCUGUCUCGGGCAAUGUUCUGACAGUGUUGGAAGAUGGUUCGCCUCGACAACAUUCACUGCAGGAUCAGUGGGACAACUUUUUGCUGGUCUACUACCCCCAACGACAAGAUUAUUUGGAUGUGAUUCCGAGCUUCCCGGAUGAGAUUGUGGAGCAACGGGCCAAAGCGUAUCAACGGGGUGUCCAGAUUCCAUCGGUGGAGUACAAGGGGACCAGCCACGAUAGUAACGCUCCUGAAACAGGAGGACAGUCUCGAGGUAUCUUUAGGCAGUGUGGGAUGUAACAAAUUUGCACAGAAAAACGAAGUCUUUAUUUACUGCAACCCACAAACCCAUGUUUCCGUAUCAUUUUUACCUCCUCUAUCCAUCCUUAACUUGUGGCACAUGCAUAUAAAAUGAGUCUAUCUCAGUAUUAUCGAGCAUCUACCCGUAGCCAGCCCAUCACUGUACGGU